AUGGCAAGUUUGGUUGAGGCCAUAUCAAGUUAUGUGGUCACUCGUUGGUACCGUGCCCCAGAGCUGAUUUGGGGAGCACGAGCAUAUGGAACUGGUGUGGACAUGUGGGCGAUGGGCUGUAUUAUUGCCGAGUUGCUUCUCAGGGUGCCGCUGUUCCCGGGUGAAUCCGAUUUGGAUCAAUUGGUAAAGAUCACCCACGUGCUGGGGUCGCCGACUGUGGAAGAUUGGCCAGCCAUGAAGAAUCUCUCGGACUAUAUCGCAGUGAAGUCUGUGCAGUGCUUCCAUGAGCUCAGCGUUCUUGAUGCUAUUAUUUGUAGGGAGAAGGUCGGGAUCAAUCUUCGCCAUGUGUUCACAGCCGCCGGUGAAGACCUCAUCGACUUGCUGCUCGGCUGCUUCGCCUACGAUCCGUUGAAACGUCUCACUGCCUCCGAAGCACUUCAGUGCCCGUACUUCAGGUCAGCCUGA